CUUGGAUAAAUUCGAAGAACCUGGUCUGUGCUGUCAGCUGUGGUAGGAUCAAACCUGGUUCACCAGGAGACAUAAAGAGGUUUGGAAGGAUCUUUGGGAACACCUGAAGCCCUCAAAGCACACACAUGAAUUCAGUUGGAUGGGAUGGUUCUUACAGUCUCAUGGAUCAAAAUGAGCUUUAAAGCAGCUUGGAAAAGAACAGGAGAAUUGCUCCUGUUGCUGAAGGUCUCCAGGACAGGACACACUGUCUCUCUCCUGUGCUAGUGCAGGGAUGUGCCAUGAGCACUGCAGCACUCAGCUGCUUCCAGCCUGUGGAAUAACUGAUGGAUAACACAAGAGAGGAGUCCCUGUGAGUGGGGGAUGUCAGCAUUGAGAUGCAAUGUUUCAGGAGAUUCUGCUUUCCAGCAACCUGCUUAAAUCCCUCUGCAGAGCUGGAAAAUCCACAGUUAUUAUGGGUUCCCAAGGGCCAGAUCCUGAGAUGUGAAGCACUGACAGGUGGAUAAUAGAAAUGUUCUGGACAGUCAGAGUGCUGCUGGAGAUGACAUAUGAGAGGGUGAGUGAGCAGCUCUGUUCCUUCAUGACAGAUCUCCUCUGCAGGACCAAGAGGCAGAUUUAAACUCCCUGCUGAAGGGUCCUGGCCAGGAAAGCCAUUUGAGAGUAUCUACUGCUCAGUAUUCAACACAUCAGCAAAACCCAGUUUUUCCUAUUCAUUCUGGAAGAGGAGGAAUGACUGUUCCACACUGCCCUGGGUUUGCAGCUUCCCUGAAUCCAGAGCUGGGCAGGGAGAGGCAAGAAGAAGAGGCAACUCUGGAAGAUUGAGACAGUCGAUCCAGUGCUGGAAAAGUGUUCCCAGGUCUUUUCCCAAGGAGCAAAAUCUGACAAUGUGGCUGUUUCCUGCUCCUGGAAAAGCUCUCUGUGUGUCCAGCACAGAGCCACAUGCAGUCCCUAACUCAUUGCCUGGCCAUGGAUCGCCAAGCUUGCUGAUACAUGGAGUCAACUUUCUCGUCUCUUCCUUCAUCCUGGGACCCUUGUGGACAAUACUACAAAUGGUGACCCCGAGUGAAAAAAGGAGCACCACCACAGAAGGUGAACACCGAGGACAGAACUGACAGAUGGUGCCUCGAGUGAAGGAAUCACCACAAUUGGACCCUGAGUGAGGAAGAAUUCUUCAUUUGGCUGGCCGCAGGGAGAACCUUUUGAAAAGUCUCCGAGACAAGAUGUCCAGAAGUCUUUGCAGCACAGAGCAGUCUGCCGAAGCCCAGAGGACACUGUCACAAGGUACUGUUUACACUUCCCUUCCUGAAAAUGCUUCCCUUCUUACAAGGCAGAUUCGGAUCUGGACAAGGGUGCCUACGGAGGCGGAGGUUCCAUUCUCUCCCUCAGAGGAGAAACUUAUUGGCCUCUGGCAAAAAUGGGGUCAUGAGGACAGAAUUCCUAUGCUGAAGAUACAUUUCUAUGAGUUUUUCAGGUGGGCAAAGCACCAUGGCUUUUUCACUGAUGUGCUGUAUGCCCUUGAUUCAUACAUAUGGGAAUGCAUGGAAUUCAUUAUCCGAGACCUUUUUUACCGGGGACUUGGAUUUCCUCGGGUUUAUCCGUCAUUCAGAACUCUCUUCCCAGUUUUGAAACGGAAAGCGUCUACAUAUCAGUGGAUUGCGGAUUGCCGAGGUAUGUCUCCCUUCUCGCUGGCGCUGGCAAGAGGGGAACCAGUGCAAAUCCACAGCCUGCAGGUUCCCAGCCCCCCCGAAUCGCGGCGGGGGGGCGAAGUUUUGCCCGCGACAGAAGAAAAGUUUUUUUCUGCGCCUUUGGAGCAUGCUCCGACGGAACCGCCUCCCCCGCCUUGCUGCUCUCAGGGGGGAGGUGAGUUGGCUCCACCGCCCGAGCCGGAGCCGCGGGCCCCACCCCAACCCGCCCCGCAGGAGGUGCCAGUCCCCGCGGCCCCUCCCGCGGCCCCGCCUCAGCCCGGACCGGACCCGUCGCCUCCAGCGGAGUUUGUCGGCGUUCCCGUGGCAGAAGCACCGCCUCCCGCGGCUUCGCCCGAGUUGCUAGGCGACGCACUCGACAGCAAUCGCCAAGAGCUCGCGACUGCGCUGCCGCUCCCGAAGCAAAGUGAGACAACAGUGCAGGCGGCACCGGUGGGCCCCGGCCCCGCGCCCCUGCCGCCCCCCGCGGCUGUCCCGCCGCCUCCCGUGUCGGCUCCGCCGGCUUUGCUGUCUGCGCCCGCGAUGCAGCUUCCGGUACCCGGAGAAGACGCGGCUGCUGUCCCCAGCCCGGCGGGGGUCGAUGCCGCGCUGCCCGCGCCGGUCGAAUCCGCGUUCGACCCUCCAGCAGAGCCCGUGAGGGCUCCGAGCGCGGCGGCUCCGCCUUUGCCUGCCAUGCCAGUGGAGGAGGCUGAGGUUGAGAACCACCAAGCGGAACCGUCAUUGGAGUCGCCCGUGGCCCCGCCGCUCCCCGCGGCGGCCACCGCGGCGCCUGCGAUCAGCCUGGAUUCCCCCCCGAGCUUUUCGGGCUGUCCCGAGGCUGCCCCUGCGGGGGGAGCUGGGACAGGGGAAGGGGAUGCCGGUCUGCCCCUCACGGAGGGGGUUGUGGCUCGACAGCUGAUUGCGGGCUCAGCCCGUCUGCCUGCUUUCAAACUCAGCGUUUUUCGCGGGCCGGUUCGGGUUUGGUUCGGAGGUUCCCGUUGGGGGUUGGAAUGCCUGACUCCCCCUGCGCACCCCAGCACCGUCGGGGAGGUGGCUCCUGAGCCUUCUGCUUCUGGUCCCCAGCCCGCAGGGAGUGGGGGUGGUACCGAGGGGCAGAAAGGAGGAACACCUUUUGCAUUUGCGUUGCAGAGGCAGGAGAAACAGUGGAAAGUGAGCGUCGCUCAAUUGCUCUGGGGACAAAGCACCCCCAGAUCUAGGGUGAUGAUCCCUGGGAAAGCUUCUCUUCCCCAGCUGCUGGUGUGCACCGGUUCAGAGGGGAUGAAGCGUUCGGUCACUCGUGCUGCCCAGGCAUUGGCAGCAGAGUGCCGGGUUGUGAGACCACAGAGCCCGCUCCGCGGGCCGGGUCUGGGCCGUUUGGCUCGGUUCCCUGGGCCAGGGCCUCCGCCCGGCCAGCGGCUGUUUGGUUCGGGGGCUUUGCUUCCCCCGUCAGGACCUGGGCCACCGUUCUGUAGGCCAGGUCUGGGAUCCCUGAUCCUUCCACGAGGACCUGGACCACCGUUCUGUAGGCCAGGUCUGGGAUCCCUGAUCCUUCCACGAGGACCUGGACCACCGUUCUGUAGGCCAGGUCUGGGGUCCCUGUUCCUUCCACGAGGGCCAGGGCCCCCGCAGAGCCUCAGUGGCUCCUCUCUGCUGCUGCUCUUUCGUCAAAAAAAAAAAAAAAAAAAAAAAAAAAAAAAAAAAAAAAAUUUAAAUAAAAAGAGUUGAAAGAGCUAGCAGCUCAAAAAGCAUUGAAAAGCCAAGCAAGCCUGUUUCAGGACAAAAAGGGACUUUCAGCAAUGUCAGAGAGGAACAUCUUCAGUUUGGACUUUCCCUGAAACUCAGCUGUUUGGACUUGAAGCAAUGAACUUUCUUUUCAUUGUUUUUGCAUUUUCUUAUAUCUUAAGAUUGUUUUGGUGUGUGAUGUAAUUUGAUGUUUUGCAGGUGAAGAAUUUCCCUGACGGUUCCACAUCAGCACUGAUUGAUGUUUUGAUUGGCAACAUUAAGCCUCUCAGGUGCUUGUUCUUUCCUCUGCAUGGCCCAGCAGAUGAAAUUGCAAACACUUUUCCUUUUAAUUUAUUUAAAAUAAAAAGGGUGAGAUGUCACCGACAUGUUUUAGGAAAAAUCCUUUCCUUAGGAUUUUUCCCUCCUGAGAAGCUGAGAGGCCUCAGGAACAAACUGUAAACAAUUCUUAUCUGCUGCUGUGGAAUGCAACAGGGAGAAUCUGUGAUUGGACUCAUCUGGUUGUUUAGAAUUAACGCCCAAUCACAGUUCACCUGUCCAGACUGUCUUGGUCCGAGACAAGCCUUUGUUAUUCCUUCCUUUCCUAUUCUUAGCUUAGCCUUCUGAUGAAAUCCUUUCUCUUCUGUUCUUUUAGUAUAGUUUUAAUAUAUUUUCUAUCAUAAAAUAAUAAACCUAGCUUGCUGA